AUGUUAAGCUUUAAGGCGGUCGUGCUCCGGCGGAAACGAGGUUUAUCAGGUUUCAGUCGCUUUUGCUCACUUGGAUUUUUUCUUCGCCAAAGCUCAAGCAAGCUUAUCGAAGAUAAAUUUUGGGAGAAGAUGACGAGGCCGUAUGGGAUCAAAGUGAACAAGAGGAAGGAGAGAGCAGAGAGGUACGAUGAAGAGGAAGACGAGGAAGAGGAACAAAGAAAGCUUGAGCAAAAGCAAAAAGCAGAAGAGAGUGCGAAGAAGAAGGCGAAAAAAGAAAGCACCUCAAAAGCAAAAGCAGAGGAGGAAGAAGAUGAAGAGAGUGAGGAAGAAUCAGAUGAUGAUGAUGAUGAUAAUGAUGUUGGGAUACCUAUUUCCCUCGCUGAUCCUAAACCGUCAAAGGAAAAGCCCGGCGUCAUUUUCGUUCUUGAGAAGGCCUCUCUUGAAGUUGCCAAAGUUGGAAAGACUUACCAUCUACUAAACUCUGAAGAUCACGCGAAUUUCUUGAAAAGAAAUGGCAGAGAGCCUAAUAAUUUCCGGCCAGACAUCACUCACCAGGCUCUUCUAAUGAUUUUGGAUAGUCCGGUUAAGCAAGCUGGGAGGUUAAAGGCUGUCUAUGUUAGGACAGAGCUAGGUGUGCUCAUUGAAGUUAAGCCACAUGUUCGUAUACCAAGAACUUACAAGCGUUUUGCUGGACUCAUGUGUCAAUUGCUACAAAAUCUGAGCAUUACUGCAAAGGAUAGCCGUGAGAAACUCUUGCGUGUGAUCAAGAACCCUGUUACAAAAUAUCUUCCUGUUGGCUCCAGAAAAAUUGGCUUCUCUCGUAGCUCUGAUAAGCUCAUCGAUAUGCAGAAGCACAUAGCUACUCACUGUAAUGAAUCAGACACUGUUUUUGUGCUCGGUGCCAUGUCUCAUGGGAAGAUAGAGUGCGACUAUAUCGAAGAUUUUGUGGCUGUUUCAGGGUAUCCUUUGAGCGCAGCCUACUGUGUGGCAAGAAUCUGCGAGGCCUUAUCAUCAAAUUGGAGUAUAAAAUAA